AACUACUUGGUUAGGUUUAGGAAAAGAUUGUUAUUUGGGUUAAAAUAACCAUGUAAGUGUCGUAACUAUAUUACGUAAGCUACGUGACAAAUAAAUCAACGUUGACUUCUCGUUUCACUCGGGCAACUCCUGGCUGAAAUGUCACUGUUUGUUGGACACAUCAACCCACCCUGAGUGGGCUUUUGCAGUCUAUAUACUUGUUCGUCCAUGAUUACGUGGAUAACAUACAAGAUCAUUUCAUUGGAUAUCUAGGAAUAAUGGCACAAUAUUUUUCGUAGGUAUAGCUACGAAUGCUGGAUAAGACCAGCCAGACUUUUGUUGUGCCAUUUCCUGGUUUGACCACGUCGUUACAGUGGAGAGUGACGGACCUAAAUGCUGUUUACCACACUGACAACUGGAGAAACUGAAUGAUUCUGUGCCAACAGUCCAGUCCUGUUAACACUGGACUCCAGUAAGUGUAAAUACUUGUGACAUCAGGUUGAUCAAAACAUGUCCUGAGAACAGGCAGCCCGUCAGGCAAAAUAUGGGGACUCGUAUUGUGAUUGUGACCGUAUCAGUGCACAACUGGGUUGAGUGUGCAGCAGGGGGCAGCAGGGACACAAAUGGUCCACGGUGCCCAUUUUCUGCCCUGCUCCACCAUGUUUUUUGUCCGUCUGGAGCAGACUCUGCUGGGUUUUGUUUGAGUUUACCGGACAUCUCCCUGCCAUCUGCUGCUGGGGCAGGACGGGCAUCUCUCACCGGCCAAACGGCACCAUUGGUCCAGUGCUCAUCUCUGUCACCACUCAUCCAUUCUUGUGUCAAUAAAAGAAUAAAUUAAUGGAUCCAAGUUCUCAGUCCAAGUCAAACCCCAGCAGAUACUAAUAAAAAAUCUCUGAUAACAUACUAGAAAAUUAAAAACAUAGUAUUAUGAAAGUAAUGGUCGGGCAUGUAUCCAGCGUUUCAAAAGGUGUUACGACGUAAUUACAUAUUUUAUACUGAGAGAGAAAGCGAUAAAACGUUAUAUAGCAUACUGCGCACGCGCGCGCGUGUGUGUGUGUGUGUGUGCAUGUGUGGGCGGAGCAAAGUUGAGGACGCCACUUCUCGGGGCAGCUGCUCGGUUUCAGCUUCUCCUGCUGCCUUCACGUGCUCCUCGUAAACUUACCCGCCCUAACAACAUGGACCCUGUCAUGGCAGUUAUCAUGCCGCUCUGACAUUAAGAGUGACAUCGGGAGUAUGGUUGAUGUUUUCAGUAAAGUACAUGUGUAUCUAUACAUUUAUUAAUUCUAGGCUAAAUGCUCUCUGUUGAUGUCCGUAUUUAUCUGAAUUAAAUAUGUUCAAAUAUGACGGAGAACAACUUAGGGAGGCAGCUGCACAAGCGAUUAUACCAUCUUAAAGUGUAUCCCUUACUGAAAAUUUAUAUUUUAUUAUUUUUUAAUUAACAGUUACAUGAUAGUGAAAUUCAUCCAACUGACCUCUAGUUGCCACAUCGCUUUGCCUUCUGUCCUUUAAAUAUCACAUUUAUGUUCACUAAAAGUCCUAUUUUAUAUCUGCAAAGCAUCGAACACCGGUUUCCCCUGUGUUUAACUUUGUGUCUCGUGUGUAGCUCUGAUUAACUAAUGCCUCGUUAUGCUUCAAAUGACACCUUUUGCGGCACAUAAACGCACGUGCAGUUUACAUUGCGAGUGUGUCCGAUGGCUCGUGAAGGCAGCAAGCGCUCCCGUGAGCAGAGGCAGUCUUUUCCUCCUAUCAGCGCCAUUGUGUGAUAGAGUCUCGGGGAGCGAGGACGGCUUGUUCCUCGGUAGCCGACGGGACCGUUUAAAUACCCUCCAUGUUUCUCUUUCGAACUCCGGCGGACCUGGACGCGAUAUAUGUUCGGUAAAGGUGCGAAGCGGAAGCUGGACGAGGAUGAAGAGGGGCUGGAAGGCAAAACGCUGGAGGUGCCGGUGGCGGGAGGGGGACUAGGCCUCGUGCCAGAGGGCCUGUCCAAGGUGUCGUACACCCUGCAGCGGCAGACCAUCUUCAACAUCUCCCUGAUGAAGCUGUACAGCCAGCGGCCGCUCGGCGAGCCCAGCCUGGAGCGCCGCGUCCUCAUCAACAACAUGCUGCGGCGCAUCCAGGAUGAACUCAAGCAGGAGGGCUCCCUGCGACCGCUGCUCCUGCCGCCCUCGCCGCCGCCCGACGACCCUAUGGACGAGGGUUUCCGCGAGGCUCCGCCCUCUUUUGGCGUUCUGUCUGCAGUGGCGCAGGCGCCCCAGCCGUCGGUGCUGCUGAUGCCGGCUAUCAUCCCGCCGCCUUCGCCCCACCCAAUGGUGCCUCCCAACGGCCUGGCAUCCCAGGCCUGCCCCGCCCCUCUGGAAUCCUGCCUGACCCCGGCCUCUUUACUGGAGGAGGACGGUGGAGAUUCGGCCUUUUGUACUCCAUCCCCGCCCACUCCCCCUCUGUCGCCUCCCCCGGCGCAGCCUCCUCCGUUACCUUCAGCACUUCUGAGCCCGGCAUCCCCCAGGGUCCCCGCGCCCGCCUCGUCCAACGAUGGUCUCCCCUCCGCUCUGAGUGACAUGGAGUUGGGUCCUCCCACAGCCAUAACAAGGACAGCAGCAGCUAAUACUACGACCGUGACUACCUCCCCAUCUCCCACUCCACUCACCCAGCCCCCCCACCUAGCAUCCCUCUCCCCAUCACCAGCGGGCCCACUCCGAGACUGCAAGACCGUGGGUGCUAAACCAGAGGCAGCUGGCGCCGAGCUUCGGCCGAUGGAUACUCUGCCCACUCUGCCCCCUGGUGGCCUAGUAGACAUUUCCUCCUCUCCUUCCUCCCCUUCCUCCCCCUCCUCCCCCUCGGGGUUUCUCUCAGACUUGGCGCUGGACGACGUCCUGUUCGCCGACAUCGACACGUCCAUGUAUGACUUUGACCCCUGUACGACAGCGGGGGCCGUGGGCGCGACGGCAGGCGGCGGCCUCACCAAGCUGCCACCCGUGGUCACGGCGGACGACCUCCUCAAAUCGCUAGCGUCGCCGUACAGCGGCCCCGCCCCCCAGGUCUCUGCCAAUCAGCCUUUCAAAAUAGAUCUGACAGAACUGGACCACAUCAUGGAAGUGUUGGUGGGUUCAUGACUGGCGGAAACCAGAAACACACAGACAGUUUAAUAUGAGACAGACUGGAAUGAACACUUGGGGGUGUUUCCUGGUUGUUUUUUUAAUGUUUUUUUUUUUUUUAACUCUCUUCAAAGGUCGGUAAUUGUAAACAUCGAUGGUGAUGUCAAUUAGUACUACUAUGACAACUACACAACACUGUGCAUGCACUGUGCUCGCCUUUCCAAAUAUGGAAAUGAAGUAACUGGGAAACAAAGACACACACAGGUUUGUAUUUCUAUACUUGUGAGGGCCUCCAUUGACUCCAAUUCAUUCCCUAAUCCUAAUUUUAAACCUAGUUUUAAUCUUUAACCUGAACCUAAGCCUUAACCCUGGGAAGUAACUGUAAAUAGAAAACUUUGAGGACCGGCAGAUUUUCCUCAUUCUGGCGGAUUUCUGCAAUCAUUCUAUUCUUGUGAGGACAUCUACUCCUCACAGGUAUAGUUAUAUAAGUGAAUUUACACGACACACACACACACAUACACACACACACACACACACACACACACACUGAAUUCAUGGCUUUUUAGCAGACGAGUGCCUUUCAAAAUGACCACUUCUUCAAUUCCUGUUUUUACGGUAUUUGUCUUUUUUCUUUUCUAGUUCUUCUCACUUUUAAUUUUUUAUGUAUUGUAUCGUGUUCAAACUAUUAUUCAGUAAGGUCAUUUCUCAUGAUCAAAAAAUAUUAUUAUUAUUAUUACAGAGGCUGUUUUUAUGUGUGUAAAGCGAGCAUCAAAAAAGUAUUUAACGAUGACUGCGUUGUUUUACCAGUGUGCUGCAUUACAUGUUAGCUCGGCUGUAUAACCACGCUUUGGGAACAGCUCUAAGACCACAUGGCCCGGGUGUUCGUUCAACGUGUACACAUCACAUCUAUGAAUUCAUUUCAGGACUUUUUCCCUUUCCUUGUUGUCAGCCACAUGUAACUGCUGGAUGCUGUUUUACAUGAGCCCAAACUAUGUGCUAGUUAUCAUGCUUCAGUCACAGCACAAAUUCAAAUGAGCUACACUCACAGGAGGGCUUGACGUGUUUACAUUGGAAGCGGCGGGUCACGCCACCACCACCAACUCUUCGCCUCCCAGUCGAAUGCAGAUGAUCUGAAAAGUCCAAAACUCAGCAGAGACUUUGAGGCUCCAAACACGUGAAAUGCGGCUCUAUAGGCCCCAAGACGAACAACGACUGCAAAGAAUUUCUCCGAAUCACACAAAGAAAACUGAAUUGUUUUGGUUUGACUGAAUUGUUUUGGUUUGGCUUCGACAGAAUUAGCAACAUGAGUGGCAGACAAAUUACAGCGCGGCAUACAGUAUUACACACACACACAGUAUGUUUACCCUCGUUGGCAGUAGGAUCUCAGGGUUGGGCUCACUUCUGUGCGUUGUGCCGCACAGUUUUGAUGCCGACCCCCCGAGCUCAGCACGUACGGCAGAGGGAGGGCUAGAUCUGGUUCCAGAACAGUUGUUGGAAUGUGGAUUUUUUACAAUUGUUAGAAAACAAACCACAAUGUCAACCUGAUACUGCAACCAUGCAGAGGUGGCACCAGUGUGCAGAUACAUGGCGUGUUUUCUAGAGGCGAUGCAGCAAAAGGCCUUUUCAGUCAGACAACGCAAUGACGUUUUAACUAAAAGCUUCAAACUUUAAAGGAAUAAUCCACCGCUGGGGUACUUUAAUGCAUCACCAAUCAUUAAUGUUCAAUCUCAUUCAGCACUUUGUGUGUGGUGACAUGUUGGAAAUCACCUCGGGGCUACUUUUGGUGAAAUUGGAUUCUGCACUCACGCAAAAUGGUGACUUUUCAAAAGCACUCUGUUUGAUGUUUAAAGCUGCAUUCAUCGCUUGUUUGUUUUGCUUUUGCCACUUGUGGACAACCAGCCCCGUCUCCUAACAAUCUAUUUCCCAUACACCAAAACAAGUAGUUUGGUUGUGUUUCAAUUUAGACGGUGUACAGCGCGUUUCAAAGUGUUUACAACUCCGACCGCGUUCCGGGAGAAAAUACAUUUCCCUGGAAAGCAAGUUGAGAGUGCAGUUAGGUUGUAUGGGAACAUUGUGUUGUAGGAGACCGAGUUGGGGCAUCAGAACAAGCUCGAAACAUAACAUACGACAUAUUAUGACCCUAGAAAGGUUUUUUUGACAAACGUGUUGGCUAACGUUUGCUGCACAUUUGCGCAUGCUUGUGUGAGUUCUGUCUCCGGCCGCCUGAUAAGUUCAACUCCCAUAUUCCCUCUCUCUUUCGGACUGUUUGGGUCUCCACCAACUACUGAAGGGGGGGGCACCUUUUUCCCGAUUACAGCCUGCUGCAGAUAGAAAUAGAGUCGUGGGAGAGACGACCAAAACAAUGAGCUAAAAGAAGCUAAAACGCUCCAAAGAAAUAAGGAGAACGUCAGAGUUUUGGUGCUGUGAGUUCAUCACUACAAGCGACACCUCGCGCGUUAAGCCUAAUCACUUCAUGGUAAUAAUGUCAAAGAUGUCGAGUGCAGACGCCGCAGAUGGACAGUGGUGCAGAAAUGCAACAGAGUGGUAUUUUCCUUCAAAAGUAGUUAUUUUUAAAUUACACAGUUAACCCUAAACACGUCUGUGUCUGGUCAUAUAUCUUUUUCUAUCAGAGGUCCCAGCUGGUGGGACAGAAAGUGUUCCGUCUGACUCAUCGCACUGUGUUAGCCGGCAGCAGUGAGGUCGGGGUGGUGUCAAAACUUGUUCCGGCAGAAGAUCAUUAGUUUCCCAGCAUGCAUUUGACCUCAGCCAGUAGCCGAGUGUGAGCUGAGCAGAUAACGGCACCAACUAAUACAGUUUGCAGACGACUGCGUCUCGUUUAUUGUUUGAAUUUUGGAGUGCUUGUUUUUUUUGUUUUGUUUUUUGUCAAUGAAGUUAUUUAUUCUUAUGUUUUUUUCUUCUCUGUGUAAAUAUAUUUAUUUUUGAUGUGAAGUGAACAUUUGGAUUGUAAAUGCGUGUACAGAAUGUGUGGUAGGAAUGUAUCAGAUAGGAAUGUAUCUGAGUAUGGAAUUA